AUGGCUUCGUCAGAGUACAAUUACGAUGAGGAAGGUGAAACCUGGCCAUUCUUUGUAUUGGCUUUGCUGACAUUUGUCUUGAUACCAUUGACGAUCAAGUAUGCAACUAGAUUGGCUUCUUCAGAUCCACAUAAAGUGAAUGCCUCAGUCGUGGGGGCAAUUACAGAAAAUGCAGAUACAAUCAAGGUCCCUAACUUAAAAAGUCUUGAUGAUUACAAAAGGAAGCAGAGGUCGCUGAAGAUCUUCAACAAGACCCUUUUGGUUUUGAUUAUUGGUUGGAGUGCAGUGCUUUUCAUUGGUAAGUACUUGACUAAAGAGACGGACAUGUCUGGCUUGUUUGAUCCUUACACGAUAUUAGAUGUUUCAUUUACCGCAAGUGAAAGGGAGAUCAAAAGUCACUACAGAAAGUUGUCUUUGAAAUACCAUCCAGACAAGUUGCCAAGAGAUCUCACAGAGGAAGCAAGAUUGAAAAUGGAACAGGAGUACAUUCGUUUGACUAGCGCUUAUAAGGCGUUAACCGAUGAAGCUACUAGGGAAAAUUUCAUUAAAUACGGUCAUCCAGAUGGUGAACAACCAACAACUCAUGGUAUUGCCCUUCCCAAGUUUCUUGUCGAGGGUAAAUAUUCAUCCUUGGUUGUGAUUUCAUAUUUUGCCCUUAUUGGUGUUUUAUUACCGUGGAUUGUUGGUAAAUGGUGGAACAAUGUUAAGAGCUAUACUAAACAGGGGUUACAUGUCAAGACUGCUGCUAGCAUUGUUCGUAAGCUUGCAGACAAAGAUCCAGCAAAAGUGAUCACUCCGGAUGUGAUUCUUGAUCACAUUUUGGAUAGUGAGGAUGUCAAUGUUUUGUUGCCCCACUUAUCAAUCAAGGAGCGAAAGGAAUUAGUAUAUAACCAUUUCAAUCGUGAAUUCACCGAUGAUGAGAAAAGAGAAAAGAACAAAACAGAAUUGGUUGCUAUUUUGCCACAUUUGAUUGAUGGACUUAUUGAUAUUGCAUUGUUUUUUAGAUUACAAGAGGCUAUAAUUGCUGCCGAAGAUUUGAAGAAGGCAGUUUUGCAAGCCGUCAGCCCAAAUGGCAAAUAUCAAGAGCUUUUACAAUUACCCUUUGUUGAUGAUGAGAUCAUCAAGAAACAACAAGUAAAGAAGUUGGGAAAACUUUUUGCGCUAGAGCCUGCUGAGGCUCAGAAGGCUUUGGGUAUUAAGGAUUAUGAUGAGUUCAAGAGGGCUAUGUCUGUAGCCGCACUGAUCCCCUCGCUUCGAAUCAUUGAAGCAGAGGUGAAAGUCCCAGGGGAGGAAACAGUAACCCCAAACUCUAGUGGACACAUUUCGGUCAAAUUUUUAGUAAAGUCCCCGAAAUUAAAGUCAUGUCCUGAGAUUGACGAAGACAGGUUGAAGGAUGAAGAAACUUUGGAAUAUAUGAAAAAUCCAUUUAGUGUGAAUGAUUUAGCACCAAAGUUACCAUUUGCAUUCACACCCUAUUUCCCACAACCAGUGCGUUGUAGUUGGACUUGUUAUAUCAUUGCUCAAAGAGAGAACAAGUUGGUCGAAAAUAGCAAAGCGUAUGCUUUGGAAAACAUUGAUCUUUCAAAUUUGAACUUGACUCAAGAGGAAUGGAUAAAUGGUGAGAAGGUGACUGUUGGCACCUUCAAAAUCCCACUACCUGCAGCACUGGGUAAUGUGGGGAAGUAUUAUUACAGAUUGAUCAUGAAGAAUAAUGCAUACUAUGGAUCAGACGUUGAUGUUCCAGUCGAUUUGGAAGUAGUCCCACCAUCUCAGGAAAAGAGUUUAGCGGGCGUCAAGAAGUUGAUGGAAAAGAAGAAAAAGAGUGAAAAUUUAGAUUCCGAUGAGGAAGAAGAGGAAGAGGAUUCAGAUAGUGAUAUUUCGGACCCAGAGGAGGAUAGUUUAGCAGGUGCCCUUGCAGCAUUGAGAGGAGAGGCAACGUCAAAGAAGUCUGACAAGAUUGAAGAAGUUGACGAUGAAGAGGAUGAGGAUGUAUUCACUGAUAUCAAUACCGAUACCGAAGACGAAGCGGAUUGA